AUGCUGUUAUUGAAAAGCUGCCUAGCAAAAGACAACGAGAACGCCCAGCUGGCAUCUUCACACUUAUAUUACAUCAUCUUUGAUGAAGGUUUAGGUGCUGCCAUAUCAGGUAACGAAGUCGCAGAGUUGCUAACCGAGAUCCCUGAACUUAUUCUUGAAUCAAAUAAUGUUUUAUUACAAGGGAAUAUGUUGGCAGAGAAUUGGACCACACAUGAAAGAGAUGCUCAUGAAUGCAAGCUAAUUUUAAACUUGUUCAAAAGUAAGAGUCGGACCAUAUUUCGCUUCCUAUCAGGAUCUGAUGAUGGGAUCAAAACUACCAUUUUAAAACUUAUGCUAAAAACCGUUGAAUGGGGCGCAGUUACAGCCGAAGAUUUAAUGAAUCAAAAUAUAUCCGAUCACUUAUUUGAAGCUCUAUCAGAAGCGGGACUAGCAGUUGUUCAGGAGAUAUCUAAUUGCAUAUUGAAAAUGCUUAAAUGUAGUCGUCUACAGAAUACUUCGUACAUGAUGUACGGUUUUAGCCUUAUUGUUAAGGACACAUUGGCGCGACUAAGAGUACAGGAUCAGAAAAUUGCAAUAGUCGAUCAAGAAGAAAAUACCACACUUGUAUCCAAUGAUCAGGUCUUUAAUAUGUGUACGGAAAUAUUUUGUAUGGGUGUUACUAUGGAAUUCCAGAUUUUACUUAGUACUAUCAAAAUUUUGGCUGUAUUCAUGAGGUGA